AUGCGUCGUUUCGAAAAACCAGAGAUCCAGAACGUCGCUGAAGAAAUUCCAGUUAUCUCAGAAACAAAUAAUAAUGAAAACGGAGAAGUUGAUAGUAAAAAAUGGAUUUGGAGAGAUAAUAAAGAUCUGAAAAAAGAGAAAAUCUGGUUUUCAAUUCCAGUCAUGAGCCUCUCUUUCAUAGCUCUUUUAUUGGGAAUUGUGUGGAAUAAGCGACUCGCUGCUUUGAUUUCUCUUACAUUUUGUGGAGUUGCAUGUCUUGUCUUUCUGUAUUUGGUCAUUGAUAUGAAGAUCAUUCACGAUUACCCAAUCAACAUAACAAUCACCACAGCUUCCUCAUUGAUUCAAACAACAUCAGCUCCACCAAUAUCUCUUCCAAUUCUUAAACCAGAAUCCACUGUUUCACCAUGUGAUUUAAUCGAAGAAGCCGCUGCACUUCAUUGUAUUGGACCACUUGUCGACUAUGCUGCCGAUUUGUCGAAUAAUGUACUUCAUCCGCCAUUAAGUGAUGUUGAGAUGACUUGUGACAAGUACAAUCAGUAUAUGAUGUGUACACAAGGAGUUCGCCCAGAUUGCAGACAAUCCCGUGCUCCCAACAUCGAAUUCAUGUAUGAAACGAUAUGUGAGGAGAAAUUCGCAGCAAUAAUGAAAGAGGAGAAGGUGUGUCUCCUGGAAGUUGAGAACGACAAAAACGUGAAAGAAUGUUUUGUGAACAAAACCAACACGUUGAGAGACGAGACGCCAGACACUGUAAUCCAAGCAUAUGUAGACUGUCUGAUUGAGAGAGAAGACACCACUUGUCGUGACGCUGUGAAGAUUGAAAUCUCGUUUUUGUCAAUGCUAGCCAAAAGAAAUUCAGAAGCAAGAUGUGAAUUGAAUACAGAUGCCACAAAAGCUAGACCAAAAGCCCAGCCACUGGAAGAGUGUGAUACACAAGGAAAUUGCAAAUGUAGACUACCAGGUUACUAUUACGAAGCUGCAAGAAAGAAGUGUUUAGACGUGGAUGAAUGUGAAUCUCUAUCAUCUGCUUGCUCUCAGAAAUGCAUCAAUUUACCUGGAACAUUUGAAUGCUCUUGUGAUCAAAGAUUCUACAAAUUGGCAGCAGAUAAUCGAUCAUGUGAAAGAUUAGAUCAAUCUCCAAUGUGGUUAUUUUUCGCACAUGGUCAAAGUGUGUGGAAUAUCUCAACUGAUGGAAAAUCAUUCCAACUCCAACGGGCGGGACUUCAAAAAACUGCAAUGAUUGAUAUUGAUGUGAAAGAAAACAGACUGUAUUAUGCUGAUAUUGGAGCAAAUGUAAUCGAAAGAAUGAAUAUUGAAGGAACAUUUCCACAGGCUGUACAGAGAUUUGAUGUUGAUGGAUUAGAAGGAAUUGCUGUUGAUUGGAUUGGAAGGAAUCUAUAUAGUUUAAGAAGAGAAGACAUCUUGGCCCAAAGUUUAGACGGACGAUUCCGUCAAUCAGUCUACAAAAACGUGAUGAAACUUCCAAGAUCCAUUGCUCUUCAUCCAGCUAAAGGAAUUAUGUUCGUAACCGAUUGGUCAGCUAAUGCUUUCAUUGCUGCGGCCUCUAUGGACGGAUCUCAUUUCCGGAAAAUCGUAACUGAUAGAAUCACAUGGCCAAACGCUGUCGCAGUCGACAUAUUUGCAGAAAAAAUUUAUUGGGCUGAUGCUUUCUUGGAUACCAUCGAAUCUGCCAAUAUGGAUGGAACUGGUCGUCGUAUUAUCAUUGCUGAUGCAGGAUCAGUUCCACAUGUCUUCGGACUCGCUAUCGCUGACGAUUUCUUGUAUUGGACCGACUGGACUUACCGUGGGAUUCUGAGAGCAAACAAGCACAAUGGAGAGAAUAUUACUGUAUUGGCUCAAACUGCACUGCUACCAUAUUCCUUGAAAAUUUUCCAUAAAACACUUCAACCGGAACAAACGUCGACAUGUGAUACUCGCAAGUGCGACCAGUUGUGUUUGUUGGGCGAGAAUGGCGCGGCGACAUGUGCGUGUGGAGAGGGUUUCGACCUCCAGACAGACGGAAAAACUUGCCGGUCCAAUUGUAGUGAAUCACAGAUUGAAUGUGGUGGAGCAGACCCAAAAUGCAUUUCAAAAAUCUAUCUAUGCGACGGACUUGCUCAGUGCUCGAAUCAAGCUGAUGAGUUGAAUUGCCCACCCCGAAUCUGUCUCCCAGGUCAAUUCCAAUGUCAUGACAACAGAAAAUGUCUGCCUCCUGGAGGUCUUUGUGAUGAAGUGGCAGAUUGUGCUGAUUCUUCAGAUGAAAUCUAUUGCUCACAUCAGACUAAAACAUCGCGUGGAGAGUUUGUUCUGAAUUCACCGUCGAGAAAAGAGAAAAGAAGUUCCGAUUAUUGGUCUGAAAAUAUGAUUUGA